GAGGCCGGCCCGCGAACGUCGAGCGAUCGAGCACGCCGCCGAAAGAGGAGGUGACGCUCCUAUCCGCUCUCACGAGAUUCCAUCGGAAAGUAGCAGGUCCGAUCAUGAGAUGAAAUGCGAAGAAGAGGGGGAAGCUGGAGUCGUUGAGGUCAAUUCAGCCGAAACAUCAGCUGAUGAAGGGAGUCAUGAUGAGGUCGGGAUCGAAAGACUUGAUGGUGGUCUUAGUAAAGGAGACGAUGUGGAUGAAGUAAGCGAAGUUAGCGUUCCAGAAGAGGCUAGUCGUUUUCUGAUAGAAGAAGGAGAUGGUUUGGUUGAGCGGAGGUUGGAUGAUUUGCUCCGAACCAAAGGAGAAGCACUUGAAAAUCCCGCGAGAGAAGCGCGCGGGGUUGAAGAACGCCAAUUUGUCGGGGGAGCAAAAGAGCUGCAGCUCGAUUUAGAGAAAGAAGGUAUAAAAGUCGAAAGAUCUGAUGCAAUUCCGGUUAGGGAGAACGAACCCGAAGAUCGUAACACCGAAAGGAGGCAUGAAAGUGCGGGUGACGUGAAGGAGCGAUCACUGCCUGACGAGGAAGAUGAUUGGGAGGGGAUCGACCCGACUGAGCUGCAGAGGGAUUUUCGCGAGGCGGCGGCUUAUGUUGGUAGCGAGGGCGGUGAGCUUGCAUUGCCGAACCUGAGCGGUGAUGAGCAAAUGCAACUGUAUGGGCUUCACAAGGUUGCUACAGAGGGGCCUUGCUAUGACCCGCGGCCAAUGGCUUUGAAAGUUUCUGCGAGGGCCAAGUGGCAUGCUUGGCAAAGACUGGGAAACAUGAAUCCUGAUGCAGCUAUGGAACGGUACAUGAGUCUUCUUUGUGAGAAAAUUCCUGGGUUUAUGAGGGAAAACCCCAAGGAAGAAGAGGUAAAGAAAGAAGAGAGCGGAGUGGUGAGGCCAGGAUUAUCUGGAGCUUGUACGCCUAACCUACUAUGUUCAAGUAUACACGGCCAACUGAGUCCUGAAACUGAAAGGAGGCAGGAAUGACCCAUCUUCUCUCAACAAGGAGAUCGAUUAGCCCUUCUAUAACGAACACACUGGUCAAGGUAUUAUUGUAUAGCCAUUUGCUUUUAGUCUCUGCUUAAUCGCAGUUCCUAUCUGGGAAUAAGGGCGCUAAAAAGGUUAUUCAAAAUCUUGCUUUGCGUAUUCAUGCGGGCUCUGGAAGAUUGAUCCUUAUCAACAGAAGUUGUGAGAGGGGACUUUAUGGUGUGAGUUUGUUUGAUUUAUUUAAUUUUUUUUUAAAUUGUGAAUGUAGAAGUUUUCAUUGAGGUUACCAAGAGGAUAUGUUCAUUUUUCAU